AUCUGUUGCAAGCAGUGGGAGGGAGGAGAGCUCUUCUUCCCUGUGGGUUCCAGCAGACUGCCGGCUGGGGCUCAGAGGACCAGCCUCCCUGCUGACUCCUGAGCCCAGUCCUUCCUGGCCGUCACUUUCCUCCUACCCUAUGGCGGCUCUCACGGACCUCUCCUUUAUGUAUCGCUGGUUCAAGAACUGCAAUCUGGUCCGCAACCUCUCAGAGAAGUACGUCUUCAUCACAGGCUGUGACUCGGGCUUCGGGAACCUGCUGGCCAGAAAGCUGGUUGAUCGGGGCAUGCGGGUGCUGGCUGCUUGCUUCACUGAGGAGGGGGCCCAGAAACUUCAGCAGGAUACGUCCUAUCGGCUUCAGACCACCCUACUGGAUGUCACCAAGACUGAGAGCAUCCAGGCGGCAGCCCAGUGGGUGAGGGACCAAGUGGGCGAGCAAGGCCUCUGGGCCCUGGUGAACAAUGCUGGUGUGGGCCUGCCCAGUGGGCCCAAUGAAUGGAUGACCAAGGAGGACUUUGUGAAGGUGAUCAAUGUGAACCUGGUAGGACUGAUCGAAGUGACCCUUCACAUGCUGCCCAUGGUCAAGAGAGCCCGGGGAAGGGUCGUCAACAUGUCCAGCUGUGGUGGUCGUGUCGCUGUCAUUGGUGGUGGCUACUGCGUCUCCAAGUUUGGCGUUGAGGCCUUCUCUGACAGCAUCAGGCGUGAGCUCCACUACUUUGGAGUGAAGGUCAGCAUCAUUGAGCCCGGGAACUACAGGACAUCCAUUCUGGGCAAGGAGGGCCUGGAGCCGCGCUUGCGCAAAGUGUGGGAGCGGCUGCCCCAGGAGACCCGGGAGAGCUACGGGGAGGAGUACUUCCGCAUCUAUACUGAGAAGUUAACGCACAUGAUGAGGCUGGCAGAGCCGAGAAUCAACGAUGUCACCAACAGCAUGGAGCAUGCCGUUGUUUCCCGGAGUCCCCGCAUCCGCUACAACCCUGGCCUGGAUGCCAAACUCCUCUACAUCCCCCUGGCUAAGUUGCCCACCCCUGUAACAGAUUUCAUCCUGAGCCGGUACCUUCCAAGGCCAGCGGACAGUGUCUGAGCUGGGGAGGCUCAAGGGGCGGUCGGUGGAGUGUAGCGGAGGGGGUGAGAGAAAGGACUGUGGGGUCAGAAGAGGUGGUAUCAGACAUCCUGAGGGUACUGGCUGCAAAAGACGCUUUGCUCGGCUGCCACUCACUGCUGGAGAAGCUACUGGUAACUUCUAACAGAAGGUGAGUGGCUCUUCCCACCCGCCGGGGCCCCACAGAAAUCUGAGGUGGCCUUCGCGGGUUCGGAGACCUGCAGUGUGGCCCCAAGGACAUCCAUCACCCAGUCAGGAUAUGGCUUUUUGGGGCCUGGAAAGUCAAGGAGAGGGAAACCAUCUCCUGCUGAAUCAUGAGCCCCUCUCCGUUGUCACUGCCACUGGCAAACACAGUGACAUAAUCUGGCCCCCAGGGGAAUCUCCACCGCUCCACCGCCUUCCUGUGAGUCUCUCAAGGUGCACUCACCCAUUAUGGAGUAGGCCAGACGUGGGGGGGGGGGGGUCAAGGUUUUAUCAGACAAAAGUUUAAAAUAUUUUCUCUCUCUUUAGAUUUCUCUAUCCAUAGGUGAUUGGGAUCCACAUGAAAUAACAUCCAUUUAUUUAAUCACCAUUGAUUAAUUCUUCAAAAAAUGAUUGAAUGCCUACCACCUACCAGCACUGUGUAGGUGCUAGGGGGAUAUAAAGAUGAUUAAACCAUGGUCUUGUUUUUUUUCAGUUGUUUAUUUUGUGUUUGGUUUUGUUUUAGCACCAUAUCUAGUAGCAGAGAGGACAAACAGUGAUAGAAGGAACAAAAAUCAAAAAACAGUUUUAAAACUGUGAGGGACCCUGGAGAUCAUCAUCCCAGUAGCUCCCAAACUUGGCUAUACAUCAUAAUCACCCAGUUAAUUAAAAAUGCAGAUUCCUGACCCAAUGUUAGAAUAUCUGAUUCAGUAGGCCUGGGACAGGGCCCAGAAAUAUGUAUUUAUAAAAAGGCCCUAGAUGAUUCUGAUGCACUGGAGCACUUCGGAGCCAAUGAUAGUUCCAUAGAAGAAGUAAUUCAUGCUCAGAGGGGAAAGUGACCUACCAAGGCCACUCAACUUCGUGACCAAGACAGGAACAGAACUCAGGUAUUCGGACUCCCAGAUAAGGGUUCUUUUUAGUUAUAGGAAAAUCAAUUUCUGAAAUUAGUAACAUAGCCAAAUAAGUCAUGGAACUAAAUUUUUUUAAAAGCCUUAAACUUCUGGGUCAUGUGAAGUUCUGUGAAAAGACUUUUCUGAUCUUGAUGUAUGGUCAUGUAAUGAAAGUCAAAUGUGAAUUUCUUUUAUUAAAUGUCUUUAACUUGUGUUUCUUCAA